AUGGCUGAGUUAGGAACCCAGACAACAACAACUACAAUAAUUGCCCCAGUAGCGAAGAAGAAACAGUGGAUAAGGAGAUCAACAGGUCCAUAUCCUCGAUUAGUAAGGGAGGAGGAAGGGUCUGAUCAAGAAGCUGGUCCUUCGACAAAAAAAACAGAGGAAGAAGUGAGAGAAAUCAAACAGGGAGCAGAAACUACUCGGUCCUUAACCUCAUCAGAACUUCAAGACAUGCAGAAAGACUACAGCUGCCAGCCAGGAAAGCGGACUACCGCAGAUGAAGGCAUCCAGUACCUGAGAGAACUAGCGGUGCAGGAAGUCAUCUACAGCAAUCUGGACAAAAACGAGGUCCCCAAAGAUCCAGAGGAUGUCCUGUGCACACGGGCCAUGUGGAGGAAGGUGGUUCAAAGUGCCCCAGCAUCAUAUUCUAGCAAGUUCUCACAGAAGCCACGCCUGUGUAAAAUGCAGUUUUGUGUUAAAAUCAAAAACUACCCUUUCUGUAUAGCAGAACAAGAUGUUCUAUAUAACGGUGUUAAAAAGAUCUUAGAAAACUAUGGGAGCCUUCACUCGUUCAAGGUCGUUGACCAGAUCGACACACUGACAUCUGACCUGCAGCUGGAGGAUGAGAUGACAGACAGUUCCAAAACAGACACACUCAACAGCAGCUCCAGCAGCACAACAGCUUCCAGCUUGGAGAAAGUCAAGGUGCGGGGCAGUGCACCGCUCAUCAAGCCACCUGCACACCCCUCGGCUAUCCUCACUGUACUGCGGAAGCCAAAUCCACCACCACCUCCACCACGACUGACGCCCGUCAAGUGCGAUGAGCCUCUGAGACUGCCUCCUACGGCCAACCCUGUCAAGACUAAUGGUACCCUUCUGCGAAAUGGGGGCUUGCCAAUUGGGCCCAGCCGCAUCCCAAACGGAGAUAUAUGCUGUAUACCGAACAGUAAUUUGGAGAAAGUUGCGAUGCAGCCUCUGAUGCACAGACCUGAGAAAGAGCGGUGUCCUCAGCCUGGAGCAAGGGAGCGGGUACGAUUUAGUGAAAAAGUGCAGUACCAUGGCUAUUGCCCUGACUGUGACGUUCGGUAUAACAUUAAAAACAGGGAUGUGCAUUUGCACAGUGAGCCUGCCCAUGCUGUAGGAAAGCUGCCACACCAGUGCCCUCCUCUGCCACCUCCACCACCUCCCCUGCCUCCAUUUCCUCUAGAAAAUGGAGGUUUGGGGAUAAGUCCCAGUAAUAGCUUUCCUCCUCCAAGACCUGCGACUGUGCCUCCACAAACUGCACCAAAACCCCAGAAGACCAUCUUGAGGAAAUCAACCACUACAACAGUGUGAUGUAUGCCACUUGAAACAACUCUUUGUUUUUUCCUAUAUACAAACAUAAAUAGGUAAUGAGCACUUUCUACUUGAGCAAUAAAAAGACCCAAUGUAUUACUCCCUGUGUCCAGUGAAGUGGCAUAAAA